AUGUCUAAACCAAUUAUCGAGUCCUUGUUGGACACGGACAUGUAUAAACUGACUAUGCAUGCUGCUGUAGUUCAGAACUUUCCCGAGAUCGAGACAGUGUAUAAGUACACCAAUAGAUCUCCGCAGAUGACAUUUAAUCAGGAAGCUGUGGCCUGGCUGAGACAGCAGAUCUCAUUGCUUGGCGAAUUGCAGUUUAAAAUGGAGGAAAUUAGCUAUUUGAAGCAGGCAAUUCCCUAUUUACCCGAGGCGUAUUUGAAAUAUCUGUCUAGAGGACAAGUGUCUCUCCGCCCUGAUGAGCAAAUCAAUUUGUCCACAGAGCCAGCUGGUGAAGGAGAUGCGGUUCAUUUGGAUUUGCAAGUGCGUGGUUUGUGGAAGGACACAAUUCUUUACGAAAUCCCACUUUUAUCGUUGAUCUCGGAGGCCUAUUUCAAGUUCGUCGACACGGAUUGGAACUACGACAAUCAGGCCAAAAUCGCUCGUGAGAAAGCUCACAAGCUUAUUGAAAAUGACAUCAAUUUCAGCGAAUUCGGAACCAGAAGAAGAAGGUCUAGGAAAACCCACGACUUGGUGAUGACAGGUAUAAUGCAGGCCGUGAGGGAAAGCGGCGAAAAGGGGCAGAAAUGCUUUGCUGGGACGUCCAAUGUCCUCCUGGCCCAGAAAUAUGGCGUGAGACCCAUUGGCACUGUUGCCCAUGAAUGGAUGAUGGGCAUAGCCUCCAUCACAAUGGACUUCGUGAAUGCCAACAAAGACGCCAUGGAUUGCUGGAUAAAGACCUUUGGCGGCGCAAAUGCCGGACUCGCGUUGACUGAUACGUUCGGCACUGACAAUUUUCUGAGAUCGCUCAAACCACCAUACUCCGAAUUCUACAUUGGCGUGAGACAGGACUCGGGAGACCCCGAGGAGUACACCAAGAAAAUUGCACACCAUUACACGAAAGUAUUGAAAUACCCACCUUUCUCAAAAGUGAUUUGCUACUCGGACUCCUUGGACCCUCAGAGGGCCAUUGAAUACGCGCAAAUUGCCCACAAAUACGGUCUCAAAGCGACUUUUGGCAUUGGCACCAAUUUCACAAACGAUUUCCGCAGCGUUGGGAACCCAGCUCGCAAAAGCGAGCCUCUCAACAUUGUCAUCAAGCUACUAGAAGUAAACGGGAACCCUGCGAUCAAAAUCUCGGACAAUAUGGGCAAGAACAUGGGCGAUCCCGAAACUGUUCGUAAAGUGAAAGAACAGCUGGGUUAUACAGAGCGUGCGUGGGCAGGCGACAAUGAGGCUCAUAGAUGGGCCUCCUAG